AUCCCAGAGCAGAGCAGCAGGUUGGGAUUUGCUCUGCUCUCCCAGGCACAGCAUUCCCUGCUCAGCCCCAGAAAUCCCAACAGGGAGCCACGUGGGCUUUGCCCGCUGUGAGCAUCGCCACCUCUGUGCCCUGCACGUCCUCAGCUGGGCUUCUGCUCCACACCACGGGGUUGGGACCUGUGGCACAGCAGAUGCCCGUGGCCACCAAAUCACCGAGGCAUCGGCACCACUGCUGGGUGAGUUUUGUUCUGCCCAGGGAGCCCAGGAUGCUGACGUGACCCCCGUGCUGCUCAAGCUGAGCGCUGAGGCUUUGCCCUGCUCAGUUGCCUUGGAGACAAAGCAGCAAAGCCGUGCCAAAUUUUGGAAGUGCUUUGGGUAAAGCUCCUGCAGGCAGGAGGCGGCCUCCCCCCCUACCCGGGUUGGUGCUGUUCUGAGUGCACACAGGAGGGCAGAUCUGGAUGGGAAAGGGAUUUAGGGGAGCUGGUGAGGGCCAGCUGACCCUGUGUCCAUGGGGCCAAGAAGGCCAACGGCAUCCGGGGUUGUAUCAGAACCAGGGAGCCUCAGUGCUCAGCACUGGUGAGAGUGCAUGGGCAGAGAAUAGCAAUACAGCUGGAGAAGGGAGCAGACAACGCAACAAGGGGAGCAGGGGAAGGAGCUGGGGCUGCCCGGGCUGCACAAGAGGAGGCUGAGGGCAGACCCCAUCUGCAAGGACGUGAAGGGAGGUUGCGGCGAAGAGGGUCGGUCUUUUUUGCGGGUGGUGAUGGAUGUGAGGAAGCGGCCUCAGGUGGCAGCGGGGAGGUUUGGGUUGGUUCAGCAUCUCUGCAACACAGAGGGGCGGCCGGGAGCUGCUGUGAGCAUCCCCAGCCCCCCCUGAUAGAACCGCUGCUCCCCCACGGCCCCGGCGCUCCAUCACCAAACCUUUUUCUGUCUGCAGUUUCAGCCUCCGUAAUGUGAGAAGCACAAAAGGAGCCAUUUAUUGUAAGAUGCAAUCUGAUCCGUCCUAAGCUCCACUCACCCGUCCCCAUGGUCUCCCCACGCAGCCUCAACUCCUGCCAGGGCCUUUCUGGAAGCAACCCGAGCACAGAAUUUCCCAGUCCGGUGCAGGAGGAGCUUUGCCUCACAGAACUGAUGGGAGAGAGCCCUGAGAGGUGCAGGGUGAGAUGGCAGCAGUGGCUGUGGCCGCUGCUUUUGCCCUUUGUGAUCACAGACAGCAUUUAUUUAGUGGUGCAGCUCGGAGCUCCGUGCGUGGGGCUGCUGCUCAGGGUGAACCAGGGCAACAUGCCGGGCAUCCAGAGCACCUUCCUCGCCAUGGACACGGAGGAAGGCGUGGAGGUGGUGUGGAAUGAGCUGCUCUUCACUGACAAGAAGGCCUUCAAAGCACACGAGGAGAAGAUCAAGACCAUGUUUGAGCAGCUGGUGCUGGUGGACCACCCCAACAUCGUGAAGCUCCAUAAAUACUGGCUGGAUGUGAAGGACUCGAAGGUCAUUUUCAUCACAGAAUACGUGUCUUCGGGGAGCCUGAAACAGUUCCUGAAGAAAACCAAGAAAAACCACAAGGCCAUGAAUGCCAGGGCCUGGAAGCGCUGGUGCACGCAGAUCCUGUCGGCUCUCAGCUUCCUCCACUCCUGUGAGCCCCCCAUCAUCCACGGCAACCUCACCAGUGACACCAUCUUCAUCCAGCACAACGGGCUCAUCAAGAUCGGCUCCGUGUGGCACCGGGUGUUUGCCAACGCCCUUCCAGACGACCUGCGGAGCCCCAUCCGGAUCGAGAGGGAGGAGCUGCGCAAUUUGCAUUUCUUUCCCCCUGAAUACGGCCAGAAGGCCGACGGGACAGCCGUGGACAUCUUCUCCUUUGGGAUGUGCGCACUGGAGAUGGCAGUGCUGGAGAUCCAGACCAACGGUGACACGCGGGUCUCGGAGGAGGCCAUCAUGCGGGCACGGCAUUCUCUGGAUGACCCCAACAUGAGGGAGUUCAUUCUGUCGUGCCUGACCCUCAACCCCGACAAGCGGCCGACGGCCAACAGCCUCCUCUUCCACCGCGUGCUCUUUGAGGUCCAUUCCCUGAAGCUGCUGGCAGCACACUGCUUCAUCAACAACCAGUAUUUGAUGCCAGAGAAUGUGGUGGAGGAGAAGAUAAAGGAGCUGGACCUGAACAUGGUGAUGGCAGAGAUCCGGCGUGAGGGUCGGCCUGGGGCACAGUGGAGGUACUCUGAGGUCUCGUUCCUUGAGCUCGACAAGUUCUUAGAAGACGUCAGGAAUGGGAUUUACCCUCUGAUGAAUUUCGCUGUCUCCAGACCCCACGCCCUCCCACGGGCACUCUCUCAACCCCCAGAGGACCCUCAGAAAGCCAAAACCCCCACGCCAGAGCCCUUUGAUGUGGAGACCAGGAAGGUGGUGCAGAUGCAAUGCAACAUGGAGCUGAAUGAGGACAAGACUCAGUGGCAUCUCACGCUCCUGCUGAUCCUGGAGGACAAGCUGCACCGACAGCUGAGCUACGACUUGCUGCCCACUGAUAACUCCAAGGACCUCGCCACAGAGCUGGUGCAUUACGGGUUCAUCCACGAGGAUGACUGUGAGAAACUGGCUAACUUCCUGGAAAAUGCCUUCCACAAGCACCGGUCUCCUCCCUUGUGAGUCACCCCUGGGGCAGUGGGGUCCCUGCGCUGUGGGGACGGGCACGUACCCAGCAAGGAGCAGCCAUGGGCUCUGGAACCAACUCCUCCAGCGGGGCCACUCCAGACUGAAUCUUUGCAGUCCGUGAGAGUCUGUAUGCCUUUGCUGUGGCGUGGAAAGACAACAGCAAGCGGAAUAGCAACCAGCUGUAACACAAGGAAUGGCCUCUGCACCAGCAUGUGCCCCGGCCCCUGCUCCUGGAGAGGCAAUCCAGGGUAGCUGUGGGGCCUGGGGGAGCGCUGACGGUGUUUGUGAAGAUGUGGAGCUGCUGCAAGAGUCCCACAGACUGAUAAUUUUGCCUCUGGGAGUGAUAAGCUUUUCUCACUGCGGGUCCUAAAGCUCUUUCUUUUUUCCUCUUUGCCAGCCGGUGAUGGGUGCGGAAGGGAGGAAAGCCCCAGUGCAGUUUGCCAUCUGCCACGUUCCAUCCUCUAUCUCCUUUUCCUGCUGUUUUGUUAAGGUUUCCCACGCACAGCUGAACCGCUGUGAUGCCUUUCAGUUAGAAGCUCGCAUCUUGCUGUAAGCUGACAGGUGGACUUUGUGAGCUGGACUUGGCGCUGCAGGAGAAGAAACUGCAGCAACCCAAACCCAGCUGGAUCCCAACACAGGGAACAGCAGAAACGUCACUGGUGCUGAACAGAACCAUUUUCACUGCUGUUUGUCUCACGGCCUUCAAAAAUCUUAUGGUAUCCUAAGGGGAAAAACCCCUAUGUCUCUUCCUUCCCUGCGUGUCCUGGGGUGUUUGGAACUUCCAUCGCUUGUGCGUAGAAAGGCGCGAUCGUAGCUGCUGCCCAUCGGGUUCCAUUGGUAAAAAUCACCAAUAGAAGUUAUUCGUGUAGUGAAAGCUGUGCUGUGAGCAGCCCUGCUGCCGUGCUGCGCUGUGCCAAGUCUUCCAUCGCCCGCCUCGUGCCGCGUGGUGCUGCACCGGCUGUGUGGCUGGGGCCGCCGUGCUGCGCCGCUGCGCCGAGCUGCCACUUGUGCUGUGUUCCCCAGUCGUGCUGCACUGUGCCGGCCUGACAGAACUGACAAGUCAAUAAAGCCAUUGCAAGCAGCUUAUCUCACGCCAGGAGCUGGUCUGCUGAGCGAGCACCCGGUGGUCUCUUGGUCACUCUUAGAGUUAAGAAGAGUGAAGCAGCUUCCUCGAGUUCAACGCUGACCCAGCAAAGUCGGGUAAAUUGGAUAGAGAAGGCAUUUGCAGGAAAAGCAGCAUUCAGCUGCGUGAUGCAGGAAUUGCUUUGUCCUGAACAAGCUUGCACUUGCCUUUGCAAACUAAGAAUUGCCUUCAUACACCAGCUGCUGCUUCCCUGCUCAGCCGGUGAGCUCUUCUUUAGCACACUUCACCCUCAUUCUCAAUUCUGAAUGUCAUUACAGCUCAGCUUGAGCGAUGGAUCUC